UUUCAUUCUCGCCUUUUCACAUCACUUCUCUUUGUAUUUGUUCUAACCAGGUUAAUCCCAUGCAAGAUCCAACGAAGAAGUUCUAACCCAAGAAGAAAAAACAAAAUCCCAAACUUGUUUUUUCUUUGCAAUUUUCUAGGACGAGAAAGUGAGAGCGAAAAUUUUCUUGGGAAAAUUCAGUAGAGAUUGAAGAACUCCAUGUUGACGAACAGCGGCAAGAACAAAUUUCCGUGCAAGGGAUUUUCGACCCCACCACCGUCGUGGAAAUCGAAGCCGUUCAGGUUACCGAAAACGGCGCCUUUCUCAGAAAGUAAAAGAUCGUCUCCUAAUUUUGCCAAUAAAUCUGAUCUUUUUCAUGUCAUUCACAAAGUUCCCGCCGGGGACUCUCCCUAUGUUAAGGCUAAACAAGUUCAGUUGAUAGAUAAAGAUCCAAAUAGGGCCGUUUCUCUGUUUUGGGCGGCGAUAAAUGCCGGGGAUCGAGUGGACAGUGCACUGAAGGAUAUGGCUGUAGUGAUGAAGCAGCUGGACCGCUCUGAUGAAGCGAUUGAGGCGAUCAAAUCCUUUCGCCAUCUCUGCCCUUAUGAUUCUCAGGAAUCUAUUGACAAUGUAUUGAUUGAAUUAUACAAGAGAUCUGGUAGAAUAGAAGAAGAGAUUGAUAUGCUUCAAUGCAAACUGAAACAGAUCGAAGACGGCACGGUUUUUGGGGGGAAGAGGACGAAGGCUGCAAGAUCCCAGGGUAAGAAAGUGCAAAUUACCGUCGAGCAAGAAAAAUCAAGAGUUCUUGGCAACUUGGCCUGGGCUUUCUUGCAGCUGGACAAUGUCUAUAUUGCUGAAGAGUAUUACCGGAAAGCUUUGUCUCUCGAGUCGGAUAACAACAAAAAAUGCAAUCUUGCGAUCUGUCUGAUCCUUACGAAUCGGCUCACGGAAGCAAAGUCUCUGCUUCAGUCUGUAAGGGCUUCUUCUGGAGGCAAGCCCAUGGAAGAGUCAUAUGCCAAAUCAUUUGAACGCGCGUCUCACAUGCUGGCUGAAAAGGAAUUUAAGCCGUUCAAUUCAACAGAGCAUGAAGAAGAUAACAACACUGCAGCCACGAUAACCUCAAAGAACACAACUGGUAAAUCCGGCCGUUGUGUUCCUCAGAUCACUGCAUCCACAAAAUGGACUCAUGAUGAUGACAAAAUGUACAUAAACGAAAAUAGUUGGGACUACGAUCAUCAUUGGGACUGCUGUGAGAACAAGUCAAUUGGAGCUGUGAAUUCUUCACAUAAUUAUCUGCAUUGUGAUAAAUGGAGUGGAGGUUGUUUCAUUGAAAAUCUAGGAAAAGCUGACUCCUGCAUUCCUAUUAAAAUAAAGGGAGACCGGAACCAGGGUGAUCUAUUUAGAUUAGAAGAUGAGAGUUUCAACUGCUGCUCAUUGUAUUCAUCUCCGACUCCAGCGAAACGAAGUGUUGAAGUUCCAUUCACUCAACCGAAAAACUCCAUUUGGGAAUUCAAUAAUCGAUGGGGGUCAAAGGAAAGGAGGCAGCAGCGAAAAAGAAUCAGGAAAGUUUUGUUUGGGAAUCCUUCAAAGAAGAAUAAAAGUUUUGCCAGUGGCUUUGUUGUGGAUGCUUCUUCUGAAUCUGAAGGAACCAAACCAACUUCGAAUUACAAGACAAAGUAUAGGUCUGCAGCUCCUGAUUCAGUUGAAUUGGAAGUUCCAUUUACACAGCCAAGGAGCUGUGCAUGGUUUAUGAACGGACAUUCGAGAAAGGCGACCGAAUGCUUCAGAAGUUUGCGCAGCAGUAGUUCUAGUAGAAAACUUUCAUUUGAGCCUCCCACAAGCACCGAAAAUAUUCAAACAACGGCUGAUUCAAACUUUGGAAGAUCUGAACUUUCCAGAGCAGUGAGUGACGAACCUCAAGAUCUUGAAGGAGACUGGAACCAAACUUCUUGUGGAGACAUCGAGUAUGAAGAAGGCGGCAGUCCAAUGGUCUACGGCUUGAUGAAGAUAAAGGAAGAAUGCAGUGCUGUUGAUCAAAAGUUCCAACAUAAUUCCCCCACAGUUUUUGGGAAGAAGAGUUGGGCAGAUAUGGUCGAAGAAGAGGAGGAAGAAAGUGAUGAAGAGGAGGAAGACAAUAGUACAGAAGAAAUGUCGUCUUCAAGUGGAAGUGGUCAAGUCAAUUGCUUCGUGGACAAUUGGAGCUGCUGCAGCAGUGACAAUGGAGAGUUCAAGUUUAAUGAUGAAAAUCUAAAUUCCAACAUACUCCACCAGAAGAACCAUUGUCCAAGCAGCAAUCAGGUGGAAGACAUAAUGAAGUUUGGUUCACUUGAGAUAAAAGAUGACUCGGACGAGGUUGUUUCAUUGAGAAAUUCAGUAGUACGGUGCGACCAACAGCAGGCUAUGUUAGAGUCGAUCGAUAAUUGUGGCGCCUCGCCGCUGCCAAGGAAAGAUCUGACAACUGAAGUCUCUUGUAAGUUUGGGCAGGAAAAUAAGUUGAUGAGGAGAAACAGAUUGCAGGUAUUCCAUGAGAUAACAACAGUGCAUCAAGAGCUAGAAUUUUAAGAAAAACUCUCUCAAAUUUGUUGAUGGGCACUUCUAUACUCUCUCAUUUUGGCUUGUUUUGUUUUUCUUUGUGUGUGUGUGUGUGUGUUUUUUUUUUUUUUUGGGUUGAUACAGUUCCUUUUUGUAUCUUCUUCUUCAACAUCACAUAAUUGAUAAUACUAUACUGUAAGUAAGUUUGUAACGGAUGCUUGUUAUAUACUAAUACAUACUCAUUUAUACCCUA